AGCCUUGGCAUUUUCCUAUUUUUACUUCUAAUUCAUAGCCGUUGGUUUAUAGUGAACGGCAUCCGCAAGUUUAUUCAGCAAAGGCAACACCAAGUCCACCGCCGACUGCGGGGCGCUUACAGAGGAUUGAGACAUGAGUGAUUGCGGCGGCACUCCAAUAUCCGAUAAGAUGGUUUCUCCGGACGAGGCUCUUCAGAUUGUGCUCAGUGCAGCUCAUCGCCUACCGCCAGUUACGUUACCGCUCCACCAAGCUCUAGGCAGAAUAUUGGCCGAAGAUAUCACUGCUUCUGACCCUCUUCCUCCUUAUCCUGCCUCUAUCAAGGAUGGAUUUGCAGUUGUUGCAUCUGAUGGAGUAGGUGACUAUCCUGUAAUCACUGAGUCAAGAGCGGGAAAUGAUGGACUUGGUGUGGUUGUGACUCCUGGAACUGCUGCAUAUGUAACAACUGGAGGACCAAUACCUGAUGGAGCUGAUGCUGUUGUACAAGUAGAGGACACUAAAUUGUUGUUAGAUGCUUCAAAUGGAUCAAAGCGAGUACAGAUAUUGAAGGGAACUAGUCCCGGAGUUGAUAUUCGUCCAGUGGGAUCUGAUAUUGCAAAAGGCGAUAUAGUAUUGAGAUCUGGUGAGCGUUUGGGGGCUCCAGAAAUUGGUUUACUUGCCACAGUUGGGGUUAUAAUGGUCAAGGUGUAUCGUACUCCUACAAUUUCUGUCCUCUCCACAGGUGAUGAGCUUGUUGAGCCAACUGUUGGAUGCUUAGCCCGGGGUCAGAUAAGGGACUCCAACCGUGCAAUGAUCCUUGCUGCUGCAACAGAGCAGCAAUGCACAGUUGUUGAUCUUGGUAUAGUUUGUGAUGAGGAACAAGAGAUUGAAAAAACUUUAGAAAGUGCAUUCUCUUCCGGAAUCGAUAUCCUUCUGACUUCAGGAGGUGUUUCAAUGGGAGACAGGGAUUUUGUCAAGCCUUUACUUAAAAAGAAGGGAAAGUUAUUCUUCCAGAAGGUACAUAUGAAACCUGGAAAACCUCUUGUAUUCGCUGAAAUCCUUUCCAGAUCUACUGACAAGACAGCCCACAAGAUUUUGGCAUUUGGUUUACCUGGAAAUCCAGUGGGCUGCUUGGUCUGUUUCCAUCUUUUUGUGGUGCCUGCUAUUCGACAUCUCUCUGGAUGGAGAAACCCUCACCUUCCAAGAGUACAAGCUCGGCUCAAACAGUCAAUAAAGCCAGAUCCUGCUCGCCCUGAAUUUCAUCGUGCUGUUAUCAGCUGGCAGUCGAAUGACGGAUCUGGCCUUCCUGGGUUUGUUGCCGAGAGCACAGGUCAGCAAAGAAGUAGCCGACUAUUAAGUAUGAAGUCAGCAAAUGCCUUAUUAGAAGUGCCUGCAUCCAACAGCUCAGUUCCUGCUGGCACUUCUGUGGGUGCAAUCGUGAUUUCCUAUAUAAGCCAUAUCUCAAGUGAGAGUACCCCGCAAUCAGCACAGCCGGACUGUCCAGAAUUAGGGUAUAGGCCACAGGAAGUGAAUGCUUGUGAUCCUCAACCUUCUGGAUUCAGAGUAGCUAUUCUCACUGUUAGUGAUACUGUGGCUGCUGGGAAAGGACCUGAUCGGAGUGGUCCACGAGCAGUUUAUGUUGUUAACUCAUCAUCUGAGAGACUAGGAGGGGCAAGAGUAGUUGCAACAGCUGUUGUUCCAGAUGACGUGCAAAACAUUAAGGAUAUUUUACAGAGAUGGUGUGAUAUUGACAACAUGGAUCUUGUUCUUACCCUAGGUGGGACCGGUUGUACUCCAAGGGACAAUACUCCUGAAGCUACUAAAGCUUUGAUUCAGAAAGAGACACCCGGUCUUCUGCAUGUCAUGAUGCAGGAGAGCUUAAAGGUCACACCAUUUGCAAUGCUCUCUCGCUCCGCAGCCGGCAUUAGAGGGUCAACAUUGAUUAUAAACAUGCCUGGGAAUCCCAAUGCAGUUGCCGAAUGCAUGGAGGCACUACUCCCUGCACUUAAGCAUGCAUUGAAACAAAUCAAAGGCGACAAGCGAGAGAAGCAUCCUCGACAUAUUCCACACGCAGAUGCAGCUGAAGUUCCUGCAGAUACUUGGGAGCAUAGUUACAAGUUAGCUUCCAGUGUUGGUGAAGAGCCCUCUUGUUCAUGUUCACACUGAAGGUUUUAUCGCAUCCAGGCAAAUCAUAAAGCCUAUUAUUGUUAUGAGAUGUAAAAAAACGUGGACAUGUUGAUGUUUAGAUAUGAUCUUUUUCUGUUUAGGUAAAAUAUAGUUUUGGUACCUAAACUGAUCCCUUAAUAGUACAUUAUUUUGGCAAAUGUAAUUCCUAAUUGUAUCAAAUUGUUGUAUGUCUAGUCAUCUGAUCUAGUAUUUGAGGCUGUGUUUGUUUCUAUUGAGCAUGCAUUUAUGCUUCCUAUUUGCGAC